UAUCUUUGGAUUUGUUAUUGGUAGAGAAAUUAAGUAUAAUUUUAUAGAAAUAUCUUUUUUUUACCAUAAUUACAUUCAAUAGUAACUUCUUUUUAAACCAUUUUUAUACAUGUUUUCAUUGUCAACUACAAAAGAUAUUUCGAGAAACGUUUCUACUUCUAACAUGAUUUAAAUAACAAAUACAUUCAUAUAAUAUUGAUGAUAAAAUUAUGAAUUGUUCUUAAGUUAUGUAGUUAAAUUUCUUCCAACUACUUUUAUGCUUCUAACAAAGAGGAAAUUCCUUUCUGCUCCUAAUUUUUUGCACCCAGUGUAUUAAAUUUUAGGCGAAUCAUACGUGAAACAUGUCAUACUUUUAAAUGUCAGAUAUAUAUACUAUUACAUACUACUCAGUAUUACUGAUAUAUUAUUCUAUGCAAUAAAAUUAAGCUAAUGCAUAACCUAAAUCUUAUGCUUACUAAUUAAUAUUCUACUAUCUGAAUAUUCAGUUAUAAUGCUCAUAACGUUAUAGAUAAAUUUAGAAAUAAAAUUAGUUUAUAUCUUUGUGUACUAAAGUAACUUCAAUUUAUCUUUUACUGUAAAAAAUAAUGCAGCGGUGAUUGUAUGGUAUGUUUACUGACCUAAAAGACGAACAGUCUACUGGUCACUGACCGUAUCACCGUACGCAGCACGCGCACCGGCGCACGGUACCUAAACGCAGUUCAGUGUUUACAUCCAGUUUUACAUCGCGAACUGUCAAGGUGAAGCGCGGCGUCAACACUUCACUGCCGUCAAGUUUCAGUGUAUGACGUACCGUUGAUCGCGCGAAGGAAUUAAACUACUUUUACGAUAUAAAGUGCCUUGAAGAAAUAUUACGGACCGUUUGAACACGAGUAAUUGUCGAUAUACGUUUGUGUGUGAGAAUGUCGAAGAUAAAUCAGGCCGGAACGGGAUUGAACAAAGUCGACAAUGAAUUUUUGUUUCCGAACAAAGAGGCGUCUGGCAGUGAACAUAGUAUUUCUAGCAUAGUAUCCAGCAUUUCUGUUUCGCAGGAUGAAAAUUUUCGGGUGUUAAAACACGCGGAGGACAGUCUUAAAGUCAUGGAGAAAUAUUUGCAUGAGCAACAAUUAACAGACGUCACAUUAAUUGCAGGGAAAAGACGUUUUCCUGCACACCGUUUAGUGCUUAGUGCAGGUUCAGAAUAUUUUGCUGCCAUGUUCACUAGUUCAUUAAGAGAAUCUGCACAAGAUGAGGUUGAAUUAAAGGGUGUAGACGGGGAUGCGUUAUGGGCUCUAGUCUGCUAUUGUUACACAGGUUGCAUAGAACUAAGGGAGGACAGUGUAGAAACUCUUCUGGCAACGGCGUGUUUGUUACAACUAAAUCCAGUUGUUAAAGCUUGUUGUCAAUUUCUUAGAAAACAGCUCCAUCCAAGUAAUUGUUUAGGGAUAAGAAUGUUUGCCGAUACACAGGGUUGCACAGAUUUAUUAGAUCAUGCUCAUGCGUAUACGACGAAACAUUUUAUGGAAGUUACAAAAAAUCAAGAGUUUUUACUAUUAUCUGCCAAUGAAGUUGCCAAACUUUUAGAAUCUGAAGACCUCAACGUCCCUUCAGAAGAAACUAUUUUUCAUGCACUUAUGACAUGGCUGGAAUAUGAUCCAGAAAAUAGAAGAAAAGAUGCAAGCAAGUUAUUAAGUCUUGUAAAGUUACCUCUAUUAUCUCCUGCGUUUAUAGCAGACAAUAUAGAAAGUAAUGAAAUGUUCAAAGAUCAAAGAUUGGCACAGGAUUUAGUUAUGGAAGCAUUGAAAUAUCAUCUUUUACCUGAGCGCAGACCGUUGCUUCAAUCGGGACGUACAAAGCCGCGAAAAGCUACUGUGGGUCACAUGUUGGCUGUUGGGGGAAUGGAUGCUAAUAAAGGUGCUACUUCUAUAGAUGCAUUUUCUUUGCGUGAUAAUGCAUGGAAAUCCAUGGCUACCAUGAGCGGUAGGAGGCUCCAAUUUGGUGCUGCUAUUGUUGAUAAAAAGUUAAUAGUUGCGGGUGGAAGGGACGGAUUAAAAACGUUGAAUACAGUCGAAUGUUUUGAUUUUUCAUCUUUCACAUGGAGUACAUUAUCACCCAUGAAUAUCCAUAGGCAUGGAUUAGGUGUUGCUGUAUUGGGUGGACCAUUAUACGCAGUCGGUGGUCAUGAUGGCUGGAGUUUUCUAGACACUGUUGAGAGAUGGGAUCCAGCUACACGUCAAUGGAGUUCAGUUUCUCCAAUGUCCAUACAAAGAUCUACAGUUGGUGUUGCUGUUUUAAAUGAUAAAUUAUACGCUGUAGGUGGGAGAGAUAUAAGUUCUUGUUUAAACACUGUGGAAUGUUACGACCCUCACACAAAUAAAUGGACACCGUGUGCACCAAUGUCGAAGCGACGAGGUGGUGUCGGUGUAGGCGUGGUAAACGGAUGUCUGUAUGCAUUAGGUGGUCAUGAUGCACCUUCUACUAAUCCCAAUUCUAGUAGGUUUGAUUGCGUUGAGAGGUACGAUCCGAAGACAGAUACGUGGACCAUGAUAGCACCAAUGAGCGUUCCAAGAGACGCAGUUGGUGUUUGCGUACUUGGUGAUAGGCUUAUAGCUGUAGGUGGAUAUGAUGGCCAACAGUAUCUUACGCUUGUCGAAGCAUAUGACCCUCAUCUUAAUGAAUGGGAACAGGUCGCUCCUUUAAAUGCUGGUCGUGCAGGAGCACCUUGUGUCGUCGUGAAGAACUUAACUGGUUUAGGUUUUGAUUAAUGGUAUGAUUUUAUUCAUGUUCCGGUAUUCGAUGUCAGCAUGAAGUAAAAUAUUUGAAAUGCAGAUCUUCAAACGAUAAAUGAAUUUCUACAUACUGUUAUAUUAUAAUAUUAGUAUUAUUUUUGUCUAUACAGGGUGUCUCAUUUUAAUCGUUACACGCGAUCUUCUCGAAAAAUAUUCAUUUUUCGAAAGAAAUGUUUAAACGAAACAUACUCUAUUCGAAUGAGGAACCCAUUGAGCCAACCACACCUGAAAAUAUGAAGACUCGAAUAGUAAAUGCUUGCAGACAAAUUAUCAGACAAACUUUAGAAGUGGAACUGUCAUUUAGGGACAGAAUCCAGUGUUGCAUUAAUGUUCAAGGUCAUCCUUUUGAAUUUAGAAGAUAAGAAACAGUUCCUGAAGAAAACUUCAAGCCAUUGAAAUGACCUUGAAUGACAUUCCAUUAACUCAAAAAGGUCAACAUAUUGUAGAUCAAUGGAUUUAUCUUGUGCUAAGCUACGUGUCUAGUGUAAAAAAACCACAUUUCCAUUUAAAAAAAUACAGGUCACCUUCGAACCUCGGAGACGUCUCCAUCUAGAGAAAAGCAGUGUCCACCGUUGCAUGUCCCCCUUCGAAUAGAGUAUGUUUCGUUUAAACAUUUUUUUCGAGAAGAUCGCGUGUAAAGAUUAAAAUGAGAUACCGUGGAUAUGUAUAUUGCUCUAUAUGGCGUCCUACUAUAAAUAUAAUGUUUGUACUACCAUUUUUAUACGUUGUGUGUACCGUCAUGAAUUUGUACAUAUUUAUACGUACAUCUUUUGUAUAAACAUAUUCAAAUUUAUUUUUAACAAAUACA